AUUGCAGAAUUUUGAACCAAUCCAGUAGUUAUUGCUAUGAUGAAAAGAGAAAAGUGAUUACUAUUGUAAUUUCUGUAAGCGUUACGGAGUAUCUUGAGUACUAUUAAUUACACCUUUCUUUGAAGUCCGAACUCCGAAUUUGGGAAAGAGACGCUGAGUCGCUGAGCGGCCAUCAAGUGAAGGAUACUAUGAUGAAAAGAGAAAAGUGAUGGACUGAAAAAGAACUUGAAACAACUUCAUUGAUGUACUUUGCUAACUCAUUUAUGUCAACUUGUGAAGUGUUUGUUUUUUAUUGCAAGAUUAUGCUAACCCAUGUUUAAUUAACCACGUGAUAAAUUAUAUUGUAGUAUAAUUUUCACGUGACUCUAAAGUUGUGGUUAUAUGAUAAAUAAUCAAAGUUGACAUUACGAAUUUUAAGUUGUUAAACUCAAAUAGAUUUAUCAGCGUAAAAAAUAUAUUAAUUUCAACAAUUUAAACUAACUCGGGUGAGGCAACUGCGGUCUUCUCCCUCUUGCUAGUAGGAUUUUGACAUCUUCUUGCGGCUCCUGCGCGUCUUCUCGGUCUUCUCCCUCUAGGGUCAGGGAAAGUCUCGUCCGAAGCCAACAACAACAAGGUAAUCUCGCCACGUUUUGGAAGAGAAGCUAAGGAAACGAAAGGCAUGGAAGAUAUGGUAAGAAGUGUGGCAACAUGGGCAUUGGCGGAGAAGAGCUAGUCUUCCACCAGCAGACCGAUGGUGAGGGUGAGAACUCGACCGCAGAGCUACCUUCCCAGUUGUGGGCACACUUCUCACAGACAGAAUAUUGAGAUUUUCGGUGUUCACGGAUCUCGUGGCUUCAUCGUGGCGUCCCGGAAAAGGGAUCACAAUCAAAGAGAUCGCCGAAAAAAAUGUACCUAUUCACUUUUCACCAUAUUGUCAAUAUGGAACGUGUUCUUGGAAGUGGACCCUAGCUGUUUGAGCAAAACUUGCUAAUACUUAGAGCACUCAAGUCGGGGGAUAUUCCUCCUCGGGUCACGCCCAACGAGGCAGAAUUUUGGGUUCAGGUGCAUAAUGUACCUUAUGAUUUUAUGAAUUUAGGGGCGGCUAGAAGAAUCGACAAUUUUGUAAGUUUUGUCGAAAGUCGGUUGGACAGGAAACGAGAUUCCUAUAUGAGAAUCAGGGUUUGUAUGGAGGUGGGGAACUCAUUCAAGGUAGGCACUAGUGCACCACUCUUAGGAAAGGACAUGAACAAGCCAUUGGGUGGAUUUUAAAUAUGAAAAACUCCAUAACUUUUGCGUUGCUUGUGGUGUCAUUGCUCAUGCUGACAGCCGGACAGGUACUGCCCUUUGGUUUAUGAAUGUGAGAAUAAUGCUCUAGACAAACCCUAUGGGGUGGGCCUCAUAGGCGGAGGGGGUGGGCUGGGGUGGGGGGUGGGGGGUGGGGGAGCUCGUCCUUUGGGGAUUAAAUGGCUGAUUCCAGAAGGGUCAUCAGCUCAGAGGAGCUUGCCUCAACAGGAUUUUGGACAAGGCAGAGAAACUGGAAGAGUUGGACGGGUGGGGAGAGGAAGACAGAUUUGGAUCCUCGCUGUGGCAGAUUCCAACAAGGCUAGAUAUGAGGAGGCAGCAACGGCAGGUACGAAGAAGGCUCCAGGAGAGCAGAAAUGCAAGAGGGUGUGGGAGGAGAAGGAGCACGAAGAUCUUGGUGGGGAUAACAUGGCUCUGGACGAUACAAAAAACGGGGAAGGGGUGGAUCUUGGUCAAUGAAAGGCAGGGGGUGGCUCUCGUGUUACUAAGGAUGCAACUGAAGUCUCAUUACUUUGCUUUUUUUAUUUACUUUGGUCAGAUUGUUUUUGUUGUUGCUUUUUAUUUUUCAUUCUGUCAGACUCUUGCAUUAGAAUUGGGUGAUGAUGAGUCUAUUUUAACCGCGUUAGGCCCAUUACAUGAUCAACGAGUCAUAUUGCUUUGUAAUGUGAUUGACUCGAAGUCUGAUUCGAGGGCCGGCGAUCGAAAGAGACCCUUUUAUCUUAUUGUUCUCUCUCUGAAUGUUGUGAAAUCAAAUUAAACCGUCUUUUUCCAAAAAAAAGUCAUAAAUAUAUUAAGC